AACACAGUCUAUCUGAUGGUCAAACAUGUUACCGUGGAGGAUAAGAAGCUGCAUGUGUGUGAAGUACAGGAAAAUGGAUUCAUGGUUCUCGAAGUGAAUCAAGACUUUUAUGUUGAUGAAUAUUUACAUCAACAGAGCUACACUCUUUAUCGCUCAGGCACAGAUCGCAGUGAACUCAACCUGACUUGUUAUUAUUAUUAUUAUUAUUAUUAUGAUACUGCUGUUUGGAGCUGGAGGUCAGAUGCUCAACAUGAGGAGGAAAUCAUAACAUUUGCUUCAAGAUCUCAAUCCCUCAAUAUAAACAGAAUUCACUUUGGGAAUCGACUAGUCCCCACAACGACAAAGUUUGAUGGCAAGAAUUUCAAUGUGAGGAUUGUCCCAGUCCUGUUUGAAGAUGCAGGAGUUUACACAUGUUCAAUGCAAUCAAAUACGAUGGUGACCAUUACAUUAAUCACAGUUAAAGUCACAGUCGAGCCUUCUGAUGUCGAAACUGUGGGAGACUCCGUUACCCUGAUCUGCUCUGUCUCUGAUGUCACUGAAUCAAUGAGACUUGUUUGGAUCAAUAGCAAUGGUAAUAUUGUUGAAGAAAAGGCAUUUACUGUGAGGAAUAAAGAAGAUAAAUCAUUGAGACUGAUUGUUGGGAAAGGUGACAGAGGCAGUGGGAAGUGGACAUGUGUUUUGUUUCAUCAAAACAUGCCUCAGGUUUCCGUCCCGUACUAUAUGGAACUCCGUGGAAAUUCAAUUUAUCAGUAUUUUGAAGAUGGACAUGGUGAUAUUUCAUUACAAGGACCAGACAAUCCUGGGGAGGGUACUUUUGUCUGGGAAUGGGAACCACACUCAGGGCAAGAAAAACAACAGCUGGUUACUUUUCAGAAAACAAGGACGAGGUCAUGGAAUGCAGAAUGGAGUGAAUACUGUAGAAACAAUAACUGCCACUGGUGGCUGUCCCAUGAUAAUCGUUCCCCAGAUCUGAGACUUCAAGAGCUCAAAUUCGACUUUGCGGGAUUGUACACCCUGUUUCAGACGCCGCUGAAUGAAGUCAUCCUGAAAAGGUACAACAUUUUUGGGAUCAAAGUUGAAUCAAAUGCCAAGUACCCUUACCCCAGGGUGGGCAGCGAUGUUACCCUCAGCUGUACCAUCUCCAAACUCUCAGAUACAGUCUGUCUCCAAUGGAAACGGAGAGAUUCAUCUCAGCAGAGAGAUGGGAAAACCGAUCAGAUACGAGUGAAUAACACAGUCUAUCUGAUGGUCAGACAUGUUACUGUGGAAGAUAAGAAGCUGUAUGUGUGUGAAGUGCAGGAAAAUGGAUUCAUGGUUCUCGAAGUGAAUCAAGACUUUUCUGUUUAUGAAUAUUUACAUAAACAGAGCUACACUCUUUAUCGCUCAGGCACAGAUCGCAGUGAACUCAACCUGAUUUGUUAUUCUUCUUAUUAUUAUUAUUAUGAUACUGCUGUUUGGAGCUGGAGGUCAGAUGCUCAACAUGAGGAGGAAAUCAUAACAUUUGCUUCAAGAUCUCAAUCCCUCAAUAUAAACAGAAUUCACUUUGGGAAUCGACUAGUCCCCACAACGACAAAGUUUGAUGGCAAGAAUUUCAAUGUGAGGAUUGUCCCAGUCCUGUUUGAAGAUGCAGGAGUUUACACAUGUUCAAUGCAAUCAAAUACGAUGGUGACCAUUACAUUAAUCACAGUUAAAGUCACAGUAGAGCCUUCUGAUGUCGAAACUGUGGGAGACUCCGUUACCCUGAUCUGCUCUGUCUCUGAUGUCACUGAAUCAAUGAGACUUGUUUGGGUCAAUAGCAAUGGUAAUAUUGUUGAAGAAAAGGCAUUUACUGUGAGGAAUAAAGAAGAUAAAUCAUUGAGACUGAUUGUUGGGAAAGGUGACAGAGGCAGUGGGAAGUGGACAUGUGUUUUGUUUCAUCAAAACAUGCCUCAGGUUUCAGUCCCGUACUAUAUGGAACUCCAUGGAAACCUCAAUGAAGCAUUUUUUCUCCAUCAGGAAGGGUACUUUUUAUUGAAAGGACCAGACCAUCCUGGAAAUAGCUCCAUUAUCUGGGAAUGGAGACCACAUUCAGGACAACAAACUAUAAAACAAUUGGGAACUUUUCACAGAGAAGGUCAGCAUUGGGCUGUAAAAUGGAGUGAUGAUUACAAUGAUACACCAGACAUUUCUCGAAGAAUGUAUGAGCACUAUGGUACCCUCAAUCUGUUAAUCAGAAAUCCUAGCUUUGAACUUGGUGGAUUGUUUAGCUGGACUCAAACAGAGCCCAUUAAGAAGAUCCUGAAACAGAUUGAGCUAUUUGUGAUCAAAGUUGAGAUUGAUUCACAGUGGCCUGUAAUGGGCAGUGACAUCACCCUCAGCUGCACCAUCUCCAGACUCUCAGACACUGUCAAUCUUCAGUGGAAACAGAGAAACUCUUCUCAGGAAAACAGGAGGAUCAACACUGAAGAGAUCCAACUGAAUAACACAGUCUAUCUCAUCAUUAGACAUGCUGGAACCGAAAAUCAGAAUUUAUAUACAUGGGAAGUACAGGAAAAUAACUCCAUUAUUCUCACUGGAAGCACAAACAUUGAUGUGAAUCACAAUUUACGUGAUAAAAAAUACACACUUUAUCGGUCAGUCACAGAUCGCAGUGAAGUCGAGCUGAUUUGUGAAGUCGAUUCUACGAUAAUAAAAACUAAAUGGACCUGGUCUUCACCUUUAAAGGAUGAAGAUCAAGAAAUUGCUUUCACUUACAAAUCAAAGCCUGUCAACAUAAACAGGACCUACUUUGGGAGUCGAUUGGUCCCUCCAGUGAGCAGUUUCACUGACAGGUUUUUCAGUGUGCGGAUUGUGCCUGUCCUGUUUGAAGAUGCAGGAGUUUACAGAUGUUUUCAGGGAUCAAAUAAUCAUUUGACCAUUAACCUGAUCACAGUUAAAGUCACAGCGGAACUCUCUGAUGCAGAGACUGAGGGAGGCUCUGUUACCCUGACCUGUUCUGUCUCUGAUGUCACUGAAUCCAUGAGACUUGCUUGGAUUGAUAGCGGUGGUAAAAUUGUUGCAGCAAAAACAUUCAAGGAACAGAAGCAGGAAGGGGAUAAUUUACAGCUGAUUACUCAGGAAUUUGAUAGAGACAGCAGCUACUGGGCAUGUAUUUUGUUUCAUGAAAACGUACCCAAGGUUUUAAUUCCUUAUGAUCUGAAGCUUUACAUGAGCAUGAGGCCAGUUCCAGUCAUUUGGACCAUCGCAGUUUCUGUUCACUUGAUUACUAAACUGGUCUUUGUGGUUGGCCUUAUCUUCCACAUGAAGAAGAUAAACAGAAAAUCAAGCAGCAGGAUUCUGGAGAAGGCAACAAGAAAUACAGAAGCUGUUGGAUUACAGAUCCUGAACUCUAGCCCUGAUUUGUGAUCGCAGAAUGAAUGAUGAGACACAGAUGUACCUGUGCUCAAUGAGAUCUUCACUCCUAUAAAACAAAAUUAAUCGAACUUUGCAAUCUUUCAUGUUAGUUUUUUUCGGGUUAUAUCUUUGAUGCUACUUUCAUGUCGGUGGAUUCAUUUAUAUUGUGACUUGUGUACAUCUAUUGUUCCAAUCUCCGUAUAAUGUUACUUUCCAAGUGCUAACUUUCAAGGUGGCUGUGUCAUAUUGCAUUGAAUGGUAAUUAUGGUGGAUGUUGGUCUGAAUUCCUGAUCUCUGCUCUUGGCUGGUUGGGUCACAUCCUGCAGUGACCGUUUUAUACCUCGAGGGAUGGAUGGGUGUGAUGUAGGAUUUGUGAUUUAUAUCUGUUUCAAUAUCAUUGAUUGCUGUGUGUUGAUUGGUUCAUUCUGUUCCAUCUUCAUUUCUUUUGUUCAUUAACUUGUUUCCUGGUUAACCAGAAAUCUGCCUGAUUCCGUACUUAUGUUUCAACCUUGUUAAAAUAAAUACGAUUCCAGGCAGGGAACUGAAUUCUCCAGUAAUAACAUCAGCUGGGAUCAUAACGCGGUGAUUUAACACUACUGCCAUGUGUAAAGUUAAAAAGCUGGCAGUAUGGAUUUGUAACUGAGAGGGAUGUCAGCCAGAUUCUCUCUGCAGCUGAGUUGAAUAGAAUUGAUCCGUUUUAACAUCCACUUUGAGAAUUUACAACAGAAUUUUAAUGCCCAAUGAUCAACUCAAAUGAAGACACCAUGUCUCCUGUGCAUCUCCUGGAAACAAUAAUAUAAAGCAACUGUGGAAUCACAGGGGAACAUUGUCUCCAUGCUCCCCCUGUUGGAAUUGUUUGGGAUAUGACCAAUUGUGACUAAAAAAAUCAAUAAAAUAAUCAUUAAAAAAUCACCAUAAUGAAAAGACGGAAAAUAAUUUUGCAAAUUAAAGUUAUAAUGGCAACAGGUUUGGGGCGGAUUUACUGAGAUAUCCUUCACAAUCAUUGACACUCUCAGAAUGGAUUGUUUGCAGAUUGUUCUGCGUGAUGGUGAUGAAAAGGUGAGGACAAGCACCUUAGGGGAAUACCAGAUGACUGCUGGACCCUCCAAAGCUCCAAGGAUGGGACAGAACUUAGGUGUGCCUGUAAAACAGAUCCUUAAGUUAUGAGGACAGAUAGAUAAACUUAUGAAGAAAUCUCAUUGCAUUCUUUGUUGUAUUUGCUGAGUUUAAGGGCUGAAAGUUCUGUUAGAACUGUCUAAACGAUUGGUUAUGCUGCAGCUAGAGUAUUGUAUAUGGUUCUGGAAACCACAUUGUCAAAGGUAUGUAAUGGGACUGAACAGGGUGCAAAGGAAAUUUCCCAGGAUGGAAAGAGAGAUUAGACAGAAUUGGAACCAAAAGGGCCACAGAUGCUGUAAAUCUGAAACAAAAACAGAGAUUGCUGGAAAAUCUCAGCAGGUCUGGCAACAUCUGUAGAGACAAAUUAAAGUUAAUGCUUUGGGUUGAGUGAUCUUCCUCAGAACACAAUGGUGUUGUUUUCCUGAGAGCAGAGGACACUGAGAGGGGACAUGAUAGAGAUGUUUAAAAUUAUGAGAGUCAUAGACAGGAAGAAAUGUUUCUCCUUGAUGGAAGGGCCAAUACCCAGGGUGCAUAGAUUAUAAGCAAGGGGCUGGAGGUUUAAAGGAGAUGUGAGGAAAAAUGUUUUCAUGUAGAGGAAGGUGAGGAUCUGGAACUGCCUGUAAGGCUGGUAGAGGCAAAAAAAAUCCUCAGUGCAUUUAAGAAGCAUUUAUAUGUGCACCUGCAAUGCCAAGACAUACAAGGCUAUGGGCCAAGUGCUGGAAAAUGGGAUUAGAGUAGUCAGGUGGUUGUUUUUAAUUGGUGCAGACUCGAAGGACUGAAGGGCCUUUUGAUCUCUCUGACUCCAUUGUUUCAGAAUGGAAGGUGUGAGUAUUUCCUGUUGUCAUUGGAUCACAGAGCCCUCUGUCCUUGACCUUCCUCUUUGUUCCCACGCUGUUAGAACAUGUCUAACCUGCUUGUAAGGAGCAUUCUCAACAAGGACAAUAAGUAAAUUACUUCGAUCUAGUUUAUAAUUUUUAAUAGAGAAUAUUUUUUAAAACUUUGAUACUUAAAUUUCAUGCUUAUUUGUUUGGUCUGUGUACAGAUAUGUAUGCAAUUAUCACUGGUGUGCUAUAUCGUGUCACGAGUCUUUAAAUCCCCCAUCCUCGGGAAAGGCAGGUACCAUUAAUGAUAUCCAUACCCCUCAUGAUUUUAUAAACUGCUAUAAGGUCCUUUCUCAACCUUCUACGCUUCAAUCAUGUCUGUGCUGAUACAUUGUGUAUGUAUUUAUCAUAUGUGUUUAUAUUCUGAUCCUGUGUACAUGCGUUUGUGCAUUUAUCUGCAGUCUAUCUAUAUUGUAUCAGUGAUUGAUUCCUACUCUGAGAUGGAGACUGUAAUGCAGUCCAAUGGAACAACCAUUAGCAUAAUGCGUGAUCUGAUUUGUGAUUGCUCACCAAUGCAGUGUCUUAUUUUAUAAGAGCAAAGAUUUAGUCAUGAAUGAGAAUUCCAAAGUAGAUACAAAAAGAGUUAUCAGGUGUACAUUUAUUGUUUGAAAUUUAAAAUUUAUGGACUGGGGUGUACAAAGUUAAAAAUCACAAAACACCAGGUUUAAUUGGAAGCACCUAGCUUUCGGAGCACUGCUCAGCAGCGCUCCAAAAGCUAGUGUUUCCAAAUAAACCUGUUGGACUAUAACCUAAGGCUAUAUAUGGACAGUGUGAAAUUGAAUUUUUGAAUUCAAUAUUGGAGGAAAACCUGAAGAAUUUAACAAACUUGUUAACACAGGAAUGUAGGAACAGGAGUAGGCCAUUCAUCCCCUCCAGCUUGUUCUACCUUACAAUGAGAUCAUGGUAAAUCUGUGGCCUAACUCCAUCUACUACCUCUGGCCCAGAUUCCAACGUACCUUUUUGCAUAAUAAAAAUUUAGCUAUCUCAAAUUUGAAAUUAACAAUUGAUCUUCAGUUGUCGUUUAUCAAGAGAACUAGAAGCAUCUCCACAUUUUGCACACAGAAGAGCUUUCUAAACCUUUUCUGAAACAUUCUGGCCCUAAUUUUCAGACAAUGCCUGUUAUUUCUCAUAUCCCCAACAAAAUUGAAAUAGUUUAUAUUUAUCCACCCUGUCUUUUCCUGAUAAUAUCAGUAAAGACUUUGAUGAGUACACACCGUAACUUCCAAAAUUCCAGAGAUUACAGUCCUAAUUUACAUCAUCCUACUCAGAAUAACACCCCUGACGUCCAGGUAACAUUCUUGUGAACAAAUGCUGUGUACCUUCCAACAUCAAUGAACACUUCCUAAUAUCCGAUAUAUGUAAACUUCUAGAGCGUUAACAUUUAUAUCUAAUAACCAGCGAUGGAAUGAGUCAAUAGAACAAAGAAACGAUUACAACAUUGUAAGUGUGUUUAAUCCUGAAUAAAUACAACGUAAAAUAAGAGUACACCUCUCUAUUAGUCGUCAUUUGUGGGGUUGCGUCAUGGUUCAGAGGCUUGA